UCGAAUAGAAGUGGUGGAAGUUGCGGAGGUUGGGAAGAGUGUUUGUUGUGUAAAUUUCUGUGUUUUUGUUAUUACAUCGGUAAAUUGUUUAUUGUUUGAAGUCAAAAAAGUGUUGCCAAGAUGCCUGUGUUUCAUACGAAAACGAUAGAGAGCAUUUUGGAACCUGUUGCUCAGCAGGUGUCACGUUUGGUGAUCCUCCAUGAAGAAGCAGAAGAUGGCAAUCCUAUGCCUGAUCUUGAACGGCCUGUAAUGGCUGUUAGUCGUGCUGUUGCUAAUUUAGUCAAGGUUGGACGAGAAACAAUCAACAGCAGUGAUGAUCCAAUUCUGAAGCAAGAUAUGCCAGCAGCUUUGAUGAGAGUAGAAGGUGCAUCAAAACUGCUUGAGGAAGCAUCUGCUAUGCUCAAGCAGGACCCAUUGAGUGGAUCAGCAAGAAAGAAAUUGAUUGAAGGUUCUCGUGGCAUUCUGCAAGGUACAUCAGCUCUCUUGCUGUGUUUUGAUGAAUCAGAGGUUCGCAAGAUCAUUAGAGAAUGCAAGAGAGUGCUGGAUUAUCUGGCUGUAGCAGAAGUCAUUGAGACAAUGGAGGAUUUAGUGCAAUUCUUAAAAGAUUUGAGCCCCUGCCUUAGCAAGGUUUCUCGUGAGGUUGGUGGUCGAGAAAAAGAGUUAACUCAUCAGGUGCAUCGUGAAAUCCUCAUAAGAUGCUUAGAUCAAGUUAAGACGCUUGCACCAAUUCUUAUAUGUAGUAUGAAGAUAUUCAUUCAUAUCAUUGCACAGGGUGGCAAAGGUGCUGAAGAAGCUGCUGAGAACCGUAAUUAUUUGGCACAACGAAUGACAGAUGAAAUAAAUGAGAUUAUUAGGGUACUACAGUUGACAACAUAUGAUGAAGAAGAAUGGGAUGCUGAUAACCUUACUGUAAUGAAGAAAGCUCAGAAUGCUAUUGAAGGAAAAAUACGUGCAGCUCAUGACUGGCUUGAGGAUCCACUUGCCCUUCGAGGAGGAGUAGGAGAGAAAUCUGUCAGGCAGGUUCUGGAACAUGCCCACAGGGUAGCUGAUCGCGCCUUGCCUGGUGAUUCUGAGGCCCUUCACCGGUUGUGUGGUGAAGUGACAACAAUGACAGAUGCUCUUUGUGAACUGCGUCAAGAUGGAAAGGGAGCCACUCCACAGGCAGAAUGCUUAGCACGUGGUAUUCAGGAAAAACUGUCAGCAUUGCAGUCACUUGUUGGGCGAGCUGUCCAAUCUGUGGAGAGAUCUGGUGUCCAACAACCUGCUCACACUGUUACUGGGAGAUUGGAGCAAGCAAGGCGAUGGCUGGCAAAUCCUGAACGAGAUGACCGUGGUUUGGGUCAGCGUGCAAUAGCACUCAUAGUUGAUGAGGGCAAAAAGGUUGCUGAAGGAUUGCCAGGAGUGCACAAAGCAGAAAUACUGCAGCUUUGUGAUGAGGUUGACAUGUUAUCACAUCAGUUAAGUGAUUUGUGCCAUCAGGGACUUGGUAAUUCAGCCCGUGCACAAGAUAUUGCAAGGGCACUAUCACAGAAGCUCUAUGAACUGAAGAACCGUAUCCAGGAUGCAGUUGUUAGUCGUGUUGUAGAAGAUUUUGUUGACAUUAGCACUCCUCUCAAACAAUUUACGGAUGCUGUCCAUUUGCCUGAAGAUACUCCGGGUGCUGAAUACAACUUCGCAGAGAAGGCUAAACAACUGCAGAAUUUUUCAAGCCGUGCAUCAAAAACUGCUCGAAUGGUUGCAGCUGGUGGCAGUGGUGGCAAUAAGAAGUUAGCUGAGGCACUGCUUAGUUCAGCUUCACAGGUGGAAAGCUUGACUCCUCAGCUGAUCAAUGCUGGCCGUAUUCGUAAAAGCUAUCCAGAGAGCAAAGCUGCUGAUGAACACUUUGAAAAUUUAGUUUCCCAAUAUUCUGAUAGCAUUCAACGAGUACGAGCUCUAUGUGAUGAAGCUACUGAUUCUGCUGACUUUAUCAAGAUGUCUGAGGAGCAAAUACAGAAACACACAGUUCUUUGUGAGGAUGCAAUUCACACAAAUCAACGCCAAAAGAUGGUUGACAACACAUCGAGCAUCGCACGACUUGCAAACCGUGUACUUAUGGUGGCCAAACAGGAGAGUGAUAACUCAGAAGACCCUCAGUUUGUGGACCGUGUUAAUCGUGCUUCUGUAGCUGUUCAAGGAAGUCUGCCACCCAUGGUACAUGGCGCAAAAGCAGUUGCUAUGAAUACUCAGGAUUCUAUUGCUGUUGCAAGGUGGCGAGAAUCUAACAGAGCGCUCCUGACAGCCGUAGGACAAGUGCGACAGGCUGUAACAGUUUCGCCAGAUCUGCCACCACCGCCAGAUAUGUCCAGCCUUAACAUCAAUGAUGAAAUUGUAGAACCUUUCCAGCCUUCGCUUCAGUAUAAUUACUUCACUGAGAAAGUGGGACAGCCUCUCCGUGAGCAGCUUGGAUCGGACCUUGGUGCUACUACUUCUGCUUCACCUGUCGGAUCACGACCCCACAGUUCUGCUGCCCUCAGCCCUCUGCCCAAAUGGGCUCGAGGCGACAAUGCAGACCUCUUAUACCAAGAACUGUCACCCGAUGAUUUCUCUGGACGAGAUUACGCUCCACCACGACCACCGUUGCCUGGAGGGGAAGUUCCACCACCAAGACCGCCUCCACCUGAGACAGAUGAUGAAGAUGAUAUGUUUUCACAUGCUCCUCUACCUAAUCAACCUAUUAUGGUAGCAGCUCAUGGACUUCAUCAAGAAGUCCGUCAGUGGUCAAGUAAAGACAAUGACAUUAUUGCAGCUGCCAAGAAGAUGGCAGUAUUGAUGGGACGUCUUAGUAAACUGGUGCGUGGGGAAGGUGGCAGUGGCAGCAAGCGGGAUCUUAUAGCCUGUGCCAAAUCAAUAGCUGAAGCCAGUGAAGAAGUCACGCGCCUUGCCAAAGAGCUUGCCAGAGAAUGUACUGACAAACGAAUGCGCACUAACCUCCUUCAGGUGUGUGAACGUAUUCCAACAAUUGGGACACAGCUGAAAAUACUUUCCACAGUGAAGGCAACAAUGUUAGGAGCUCAAGAAACUAUUCCACGGAUGGACAUGGGAGAGAUUCGAGGGGGAACUGAAGAGGAUCAGGAAGCGACAGAUAUGCUUGUCGGAAAUGCCCAAAACCUUAUGCAAUCUGUGAAGGAAACUGUACGUGCUGCUGAAUCAGCUUCCAUAAAGAUACGAACAGAUGCUGGUAUCAGGCUUCGCUGGGUCCGUAAGCAACCCUGGUACCAGUAUUGAGAUUUCCUUCUCCAGUAACAGGUACCACAAUCUGUGGCCUCCUGUGUGUUCACUAUCUGGAUUCUAGCGAGACAGUGAAAUUGUGAACUCUGCUUGACACCAUAAAACAUAUUAUUUAUGGAAUAACUAAUACUGCACUUUCUAUUAUGUAUUAUUGGCAGUUUCUUCGUGCUUAUUUCUAAAAUUACUCUUGUAAGAAACAUUUGUCAAAUACCUGAUCUUGUCUUUCUGAGUUGUUUGCAGCUGAACUAAACUGGAAUCUCACAGAGAAUGUCAAAUAACAAUUUGAGAAUCAUAGGGUGAAUUUUGAAAAUGUGUAGCUAGCUAUCAAAGAAUAUAUUUGCUACAGCAAGAACAAACACAAUUUAUGGUACGAGGAAAACGUAAGACACAAUGAAGUACAGGUUGUGCAUAGCACUAAACUCAUUGACUCUGUUCAUCACAAGAAUAAAUCUCGUGUAAACAUUACACUAUGUAUUCUUUCACAUUUUCUGGAACUUCAUUGGAUUUUGUUUCAUGUGGAGUGGAACCCAAGCUGUCUUGAGUACAGUCAAGUAUGGUAGUAAGAAUAUGUUUUAUGCUGUAUGCAUACAUCGACAUGGCGAUAAUUUGAGGCCAGCGCAUUUGACUUGGUCAGCACUGGCCAGUCAGGCAAGUGAUCCAACUGACCUGCAGUAAUGGGAAUAAGUGCAGUGAAGACAUAAAAAGAGAUGAGCUGAGAACAAUAUAGCUUUGAAUGUCAUUUAAUUUUUAAACAAAAGGAAAUACUAUAUGGUAAAACUCAGGUGAUAUGCCUCUUAGGUGACAGGAUGGAAAACAUGACAUACUCUAGAUCUUAACUAACAUAGUAUAGUAAUUAAUAACAAGAGUGAUGAAAAUUCCUGACUUUCACAAGGGUAAUUUUUCUGCUGAGCUAUAUGUGGCAUAAAAGCGCACUGCUGGGAUUUCACCAAGUAGUUAAAAUUGAAGCCACUGAAGAUAUGACAGUCAGUCAUCUGGUAAUCUCUGAACUCCUUCCAUAUCAGACUCCAAGGAAUACAUUUCAGUACUGCUACAUUGAUAAAGAGACGCUCAGCAGCAAAAUCCCGAGCCACCAAAAAAAUCCACAUUUCCUCCUUGUCUUUUAUGACAUGCUGCUCUGCAUUUCCCCAUUGUUUGGCAAUGAUGUGACAGGAAGCUUCGUGCAUUAGUUCCAGUACAUUUGUCAACUUAAAAGUCUAGUUAUUUCUCACAACAAAUCCCUUAACUUGGCUUCAGAUCAUUUCCGUUGGGUUCAUAUUGCAGUGCUAAGGUAACAACUGUAAAAAUGCAGCAUUUGUACAGUGUGCUCGACGUCAUGAAAAUUGUUUGUUUUCCAUGUUUCUAUGAUGCUUAACACUGUGGCUCGUGUGAGACCACAUCUGUCCUACAAAGUGAUGGGCAUAUUGAGACAAAGAGUAUUUGUUUUUCUCCAAGAAAUUUAAUUGUGUAAUGUUUUCUUAAUUUCAACAAACCUUUAACAAUCAUGUAUAAAAUAUCAAUACUAAGAAAGUGUAUGUGCAAUGAAAACCAGAAUUUUGUGUGCGAUAUGUAAUUAUAACUAGAAGACAUACAGUGUUCUUGAAAAAUGGUGGUUAAGUGCGAGUUAAUUUCCAUAUAUUUGAUGAAUUUCCUAUUUAAAUGAUUUAAAUCUUCAAAUCAAACAAAAACAAAAAAAUUGUAGGCCAAAACGAAUUGUGAACUGUUGCCCGCAAGCACACGAUUACCAAUCUACGAUGCUAUCGAUUUCGCAACAGAUA